AUGGAGGACGGGGGGGAGCUCUGCUUCCCACUUCACAUGAACACCUCCUGCAGGAGGCCCAGCUCCUCCUGGCCCGAGGGCGUGCUGGUGCACGUGCUCCUGUACUCGGUGUCCGUCCUCACGGUGGCUCUCAACCUGCUCGUCAUCAUCUCCAUCUCACACUUCAGGCAGCUCCACUCUCCCACCAACAUCCUCCUCCUCUCUCUGGCCGUCUCAGACCUGCUGGUGGGCCUCCUGCUGAUGCCUGGUGAAGUCCUCAGGAAGUGGUCCUGCUGGUUCCUCGGGGAUCUGCUGUGUUCUCUCUAUAACUACGUGUCCUUCAUCGUCACCUCGACCUCGGUGGGAGACAUGGUGCUGAUCUCUGUCGACCGCUACGUGGCCGUUUGUGACCCUCUGCGUUACGGGAGCCGAGUCACCGAGGGCCGAGUGAAAGUGUGUGUGUGUGCGUGUUGGCUCUUCUCAGUCUUCUACAGCAGCCUGCUGGUGAAGGACGAGCUGCUGCGUCCCGACAGGUUCAACUCCUGCCUGGGAGAAUGUCUGAUCGUCAUUGGUUACGUAGCAGGAGUGGUGGACCUGGUGGUGACCUUCGUGGUUCCCAUCACGGUGAUCCUGGUCCUGUACACGCGUGUGUUCGUGGUGGCCGUGGCUCAGGCGCGUGCGAUGCGCUGCCACGUCACCGCCGUCACGCUGCAGCUCCACGUGAGCGUGAGCAGCAGGAGGUCCGAGCUGAAAGCUGCCAGGACGCUCGGGGUCCUGGUCCUCGUCUUCCUCUCUUGUUUCUGUCCUUACUACGGAGUGGCUCUGGCAGGAGAGCAGCUGCUCAACUCCUCCUCUGGGUUCUUUGUGUUGUUCCUCUUCUACUUUAACUCGUGUCUCAACCCACUGGUCUACGCCUUGUUCUACCCCUGGUUCAGAAAGGCAGCGACUCUCAUCCUCAACCUUCAGAUCCUCCAGCCUGGUUCCUGUCAGGCUCACGUCCUGUAG